AUGCCUACUUCCGCCAAAUCUCCCGACGAUGUUUGUAUAAUUCCAUUUACUGAUGAGAAAACGGACCUCAAGCCUUUGAUGAAAGUGGUUGGAGCAGAACUCAGCGAACCAUAUUCGAUAUACACUUACAGAUAUUUCGUCCAGAAUUGGCCUGAUCUCAGUUUCUUGGUAAGUGUAAUGUUUAUAUUUUUUAUUAUUUGUUUAGGCAAAGGUCAAAGCUACUGGAGAGAUUAUUGGUGCUAUUGUGUGUAAAGAUGAGGUCAUCGGAGUGCCUACUCACUUAUACAGAAAGGGUUACAUAGCCAUGUUGGCUGUGAAUGUGGAGUGGAGAAAGCUUGGAUUAGGCUCAAGGUUGGUUCUCAGAGCUAUUGAAGAAUUGAAAAAGAGAAGGUGUAACGAGGCAAGUUCUCUUUUACAAAUUGGUCAUUAUCCUUUAUAGCUUUUUAUUAUCUUACCUUAUUUUAGGUAUUACUCGAGACGGAAAGUACGAAUGGAGGAUCUCUCAGUCUCUACGAACGCCUUGGAUUUUGCCGAGAUGAUCGGAUGCACAGGUAUUACCUGAAUGGAGAAGAUGCCUUCAGACUUCGCUAUUUUAUUGGAGAUUAUCAUGAACUUCCGGAGGAAUUGCUCCCAGAACUCGAGAUGGAUGAUUGUCCUGAUAUGGAUUGUUGUGAUGACCACUCUCUAGAUUAG